AUGAUGCCGGGUCGUGAGUCUCUCAGGUGUGGACAGUCACUUGAGAAUGCAAUGAGAAGAUUGUCCCACAAAAAUACUGAGAGUGAAGAGUCCUUUGGGCAUAUGAAGAGUGGACAGUCUGUGAAGAGCAGAAAGUCAGAUGGGUUUGUGAAGAGCACAGAGUCUGCUAAAACUGAUAAGAGUGAAGAUUCUGUUAGGACAGUGAAGUGGACAGAGUCUCAGAUGAUGGUUCAGGGGAGAGAGUGUCUCAGAAUAGUGCUUAUCGGGAAAACUGGUUGUGGGAAGAGCGCCACUGGAAACACCAUCUUGGGCAAAGAAGGCUUCGAAUCUAAAGUCGGUGCAGAAUCAGUGACUGUGCACUGCAAAAAAGUGAGAGGAGAGAUUGACGGGCGGCCCGUUGCUGUAGUUGACACCCCUGGUCUGUUCGACACCACUCUGUCCCACACUGAAGUCCAAAAGGAGCUUGGAAAAUGCAUCAGCCUGCUGUCUCCCGGACCUCAUGUGUUCUUAUUAGUGCUCCAAAUUGGGCGCUAUACAAAGGAGGAAAAAGAUACCGUGGAGUAUAUCAAGGGGUUCUUUGGCAAGGAGUCAGAGAACUUCAUCAUGGUCCUAUUCACCAGAGGAGAUGAACUUAAAGAUGAAACCAUUGAAGAUUUUUUACAGAAAGAAAAGGGAGGCUUUGUUAAAAAACUGAUAAAUGACUGUGGAGGAAGAUACCACGUUUUCAAUAACAAGGAUCAGAAGAAUCGUGCUCAAGUCAAAGAGCUGCUGAGGAAGGUUGAGGCAAUGGUCAAAGUAAAUGGCGAUGGCCACUACACCUCGAAGAUGUUCAGCGAAGCAGAGGCAGCCAUUGAAAAAGAAAAGGAGAAGAUCAUGAAGGAGAGGGAACCUGAGAUCCUGAGGGAGGAGAGGCACCUUAAAAAUAAACACCAAGACGAACUGCAAGAGAAGAAAGAAAACAUGAAGGAGCUGACAGCCAAGUUUGAUCGAGAAAUAGAAGAGAGAAAAAAACUGGUCAAAGAAAGAGAAGAGAAAAUAAAGAGGGAGCAGGAGGACAGGAAGAGAGAAAGAGAAGAAGAGGAAAGGGAAGUGAAAAGGCGGGAGUCACUCUGGCGACAUCAGAUGGGAAAAAGAAGUAAAAAAAAGAAGGCGGAAGAUGAGAAGAUGAUGCUGUUACAAAGCAGAGACCAAAUGACAAAAGAGCGAGAGGCUUGGGAGCAGGAGAGGAAGAAAUGGUGGGAGAGACGACGUCAAGAAGAAGAACAAAGACAAGAAGAGGAGGAGUCACGUCUCAAGAAGCUCAGAGAAGAGCACGAAGAGCAGAUCAAAAAAUACGAAACCCAGAGAAACGAAGAAGAAAGACUGAGAAAAGAGCGAGACGCACAAGAUAUGAAAGAAAGCUUUGAGAAGACACGGCUGGAACUAUGGAGGAAAAACAAAGAGGAGGCUAGAAAGCAGGCUGAAGAUCGCAGUACAGUCAAGAUUUAUGAAAACGUGUUUAUCAUUGAGGGGAUCGAGGACAAAGAGGAAGUUAAGACUCUGAAGCUAAAGAACCAAGAACAAAAGGACAUGAACAUUAAACAGCUGAUCAAGAAAAAAGGGUACAAGAGAGACUAUGAUCAAAUGAAGAAAAGACAAGCACAAGAACUGCAUGACUUGAAUACCAGAUUAUUCACGGACGAACUGUACGUCGAUAUCAACGAGCUAAAGAAAAAACAUGAGCUGGAAAUAGAAGACUGGAUAAAGAAACAUGUUGAAAAGCACCCAGAUGGCGGGCCUUGUAGCAUUUUAUGA